GUGGUUGCGUCUGGGAAUGAGUGGCUCCUCCCCUUUUAGGAAGCAGGAAGUGAGGGCAGAACUGGCAAGAGACAGCUGGGAGAAAGGACCUAAUCCUAAUAUCGGAAUGAGUGUCCCGGAUUACAUGCAGUGUGCAGAAGACCAUCAGAGCCUCCUGGUUGUGGUUCAGUUUGUCGGGGUGGUGAAGAAUGACAACUUCUUUAAGAUUUACAAACGUAUCUCUUCCGUCUCUCAAGUCAACGUCAACAACUCCCAGCGGGGCCUCUACAUCCGCUACCGCCACCAGUAUCCCCUAGAGAACAACGAUUGGGGGGACUUUCAGACGCACCGCAAAGUGGUGGGGCUCAUCUGCAUUGCGGAGUGCGGCUCGCCCAAGGAGCUCACCCACACCUUCCUGAAGUUUGACCAGCACAAGGAGGCCUACAGCUCCACGCUCUACGACUCUCGCCUCUUCGUCUUCGGGCUGCAGGAGGAGGUGGCGGAUCAGCAGCGGAUCGACGUGGCGUUUUACCCCAGCUAUGAGGACUGCGACGCUGUGGAGAAACACGUGGAGGAUAUCAUUGAGUCUCUCUUCAUUGUCCUGGAGUGUAAGAGGCUGGACAGGACCAGCGAGAAGUCCGGGGAGAAGAUCCCGCUGCUCUAUGUUCCCUAUGAGAAGAAAGACUUUGUAGGGCUCGAUCCAGACAGCAGGCAUUACAAAAAGCGGUGCCAGGGACGCAUGCGCAAGCACGUGGGUGACCUCAGUCUGCAGGCUGGGAUGCUCCAGGACGCUCUGGUCCAUUAUCACAUGGCCGUUGAGCUGUUACGGGCUGUCAAUGACUUUGUGUGGCUCGGAGCUGCCUUGGAGGGUCUGUGCUCCGCAUCGGUCAUACACCAUUAUCCGGGAGGUACGGCAGGCAAGUCGGGAACGCGACGCACGCAGAAUAUUUCCCUCUCUGCAGAGGCCAAUAAGCGGCACAGACCAGGAGCGCAAGAAGUGCUGAUUGACCCCGGUGCCCUGUCCACCAAUGGGAUCAAUAUGGAUGCCAGUAUGGAGAUUGGACGAGCCAAAAACUGUCUGAGUCCUGAUGACAUCAUAGAAAAGUACAAAGAAGCCAUCUCUUACUAUGGGAAGUCUAAGGCAGCGGGAGUCAUCGAGCUGGAAGCCUGUGUGAAGGCGGUCCGUGUGUUGGCCAUACAGAAGAAAAGCAUGGAGGCCUCAGAGUUUCUGCAGAAUGUGGUCUACAUCAACCUGCGACAGCUGUCUGAAGAGGAGAAGAUUCAGAGGUACAGCGUUCUGUCCGAAUUGUACGAGCUCAUCGGCUUUCACCGCAAGUCCGCUUUCUUCAAGAGGGUGGCCGCCAUGCAGUGCGUGGCCCCGACCAUCCCGGAGCCCGGCUGGAAAGCUUGCUACAAACUCCUACUAGAGACUUUGCCUGGAUACAGCUUGUCCCUGGACCCCAAAGACUUCAGCAAAGGUGCACACAGAGGAUGGGCCGCUGUACAGAUGCGUUUACUCCACGAGCUCGUCUACGCUUCCCGAAGGAUGGGGAACCCCACCUUGUGUGUCCGCCAUCUCUCCUUCCUCCUGCAGACCAUGCUGGACUUCCUGUCUGACCAAGAGAAGAAAGAUGUUGCUCAGAGCCUGGAGAGCUACACCUCAAAAUGUGCCGGCACCAUGGAGCCCAUUCAUCUACCAGAGGGUUUAACGCUGCCCCCUGUGCCCUUCACCAAGCUGCCCAUUGUGAGGUCUGUGAAACUACUCAACCUACCGGUCAUCCUGCGACCGCAGAAAGUAAAGAGCCUGCUGGGCCAGAAACUGUCUACGAAGAGUCCGUUCAUAUACUCGCCAAUCAUUGCCCAUAAUAACCGCAGUGAGGAGAACAGCAAAAAGAUCGAAUUCCAGUGGGUACAGGGAGAUGUGUGUGAAGUUCAGCUGAUGGUUUACAAUCCCAUGCCCUUCGAACUACGUGUAGAGACCAUGGGGCUUCUGACCAGCGGCGUGGAGUUCGAGUCCCUCCCGGCUGCGCUUUCACUCCCUGCAGAGUCCGGCCUCUAUCCAGUAACACUAGUGGGCGUACCUAGAACCACUGGCCAGAUAACUGUCAAUGGUUAUCACACAUCUGUAUUUGGAGUGUACAGCGACUGUCUUCUUGACAACCUCCCGGGACUGAAGAAUAACGGAUGUACAGUGGACGUGAUCCCGGCUCUGCCCCGGCUACAGAUCAGCACCUCCCUCCCCAGGUCAGCUCAUGCUUUGCAGCCGUCCAAUGAUGAUGUGUCCGCCCACGUCUCUGUCCAGCUCUACAACGGGGAGACGCAGAAGGUCCUCAUAAAACUAGAGAACAUUGGAACCGAGCCGCUGGAGACACUGGAGGUCUCCUCCAAGAUUAUCAAUAAUAAAGAUAAAUUGUAUGGCGAUUUUCUGACAUGGGACCUGGAGCAGACGGUGUCCCAACUGCCGCUGAAGCCGGGGAAGACUGCAACUUUUACUGUCUACGUCAAAGUGAAACUGGACUUCUCCUGCCAGGAAAAUCUUCUGCAGGAUCUCAAUGAUGAUGGCAUCAGCGUCAGCGGACUACCAGUCUCCAGUCCUUUCCGACAUAUUGUCAAACCCAGGGCCGAAACCAAACCGAUUAACCUACCGGACAGUAACAAGACCAGUGAUUUCAGCCAUGUCAAGACUCUGGAAGGGAUUUUGAACUUCAAGUACUCUGGAGGGCCUGGUCAUGUUGAUGGUUAUUACCGGAACCUGUCCCUUGGACUGCAUGUGGAUGUAGAGCCCUCUGUUUUCUUCACCCGGGUCAGCACACUCCCUGCUACAAGCACAAGGCAGUGCCAUCUUCUUCUUGAUGUGUAUAACUCUACCGAACAUGAGCUGGCCAUUAACGCCAAAGAUAACGAGGAACUGAUCCUGCACGCUGCAGAAUGUCAGCGAAUGGCCAUCCAGGUGGAUAAAUUUAACUUCGACAACAUUUCAGAGAUGGUGGGAGAUAGUCAGCAGUUCCCCAAUCCAAAGGAACUAGAAGAGGAAAGACAAUUCGCGAAAGGUCAAGAGAUCAACAGCAAGCUGGACAUCCGUUGGAAAAUUCCGUCCUUGAAGCGGGAAGGAGAGGCGAGCGUGGAAGGGAUAUUAAAUCAGCUGGUUCUGGAGCACCUGCAGCUGGCACCUCUCCAGUGGGAUUUGCUGGUAGAUGGAAAACCAUGCGACUUUGACAUCAUCGCGGACUGUAAAGUCGGAGACCCCAUACGCCUGGAGGUGAGAAUAACCAAUCGCAGUACCAGUGCUGUGGGUCCGUUUGCACUGACGGUGAUCCCGUACCAAGAUUACCAGAAUGGCGUCCAUAACUACGACCUGAAAAACAUUGUCACCUUUGUCGGCUCCAACACCUUCUAUAUUAACUCAGUUCAGCCUACGGAAUAUUCGGUGUGUUUCGGCUCUUUGCUCUUCCUCUACACCGGAGAUUUCUACCUGGAUAUCAAGUUUCAAGACGACAACGUGGCCCGGGAACUGCCGCUGUCUUGGUUUUGCCUCCCCAGCGUCCAUAUACGUGCCGUGAACUCCAUCAGUGAGGUCCAGCUCUGAUCCGACCCCCCUCCGUUGUUUAAAUUAUUCCACACAGUUUUUAUGUACACCGCGACUAGUCGCUAUAUCCAGAUAUUCAGGAGUUUGGAGAGUCAGAAGUCCUUUAGCAGCUCAUUACUAAUAAAUGUUAUCCAGUUUUCGUUAUAAGGGAAUAUUGCAUCUCUCUGACCUCCUCCGGUGGGUCAUCAUUUCUCUACAGCACACGAUUGAAGGGAAGUGUCUACAAGCAUGCACAGGGGUGAGUGUCUAGGGGGAUGGAGGUGGGUAGAGGCUGCUGCAUUAGAGGGUGUUAUAGGAAUGAAGGCGCCCCGACAUUCAUUUUUACGCGUUUCGUCACGUCUUUGGGGUUGUUUUCCAUAUGUGCAAAAAGAGAUCACACAAAAAAACGUAUAAGUAUUUACAUUUAUUAAAAGUAAUGACAGAUAAAGAAAAUGUGACAAGAAUACUUAGAGGAACUGCAGUCUGCUCACAUAAUUUGUAAUAAAAACAUUUCUGAAGCUUC